GACGUCAGUAACAAGUCAUCUGGCGGCUACGCGCGGUCCUGCUUGUUUCUGUCUCAUUCGUUCGCACUCGACAAAAAAUAAUACAUCUAUUGCGCUCGCGUGCGCGUAAUAGGUGCUACUUGCACAUCUCAUUUCGAACCGUUUAUAAAUUGUUUAGUUUUAUAAAAGGUUGCUCCGUAAUGGUUUAUUUACUUAGAACUAAUACAAUAAAUCACCCUUAACUAAAAACAUUCAUAAAACGUGCUGGGUACUUUCACUUUAGCCUCGAUAUUUCGUCCGAAUUAUUUCUAUAGUUGAAUCGUCCCUGUCAAGUGUCAAACAGUCAAACUCAAAGCCUAUUUUGGUUGUUUUGACUACAACUGUGAUUUAAUAAUUUUAAUUUGUAAAAGGAACGCUAAUAAUAUAAAUAACAAAUGAAUGGAACACGGUGUAUUGUAAAGAUACAAGUGAAUAAAAAGUGAAAAAAUUAAAAAGUUAACGUUUCACGCGACCGAUAUUUACCUCGUUUUUAUAAUAUUACAGUGAACCAUUGGUCUUCUGUUACUACACAUUCAACUUGUGUAGGUGUUAAGAUUUAAGUGUCUGUGAUCGUUUUAAGAAUAAAGGAACCAGUUCUGUGGAUUUAUUGACUUUUUUAUGGUACUGACAUGUACAGCAACAAGCAAAUACUGAUGAUUUUUUUUACAUAAUGCGCGCGCGCACAUGAAGGCCAUUGGACGCCGUUGACGUAUGAUAUAAAUGUAAUGGUCCGUAGCUAGGCAUCGCGAUGAAGUGGUGGGGCGACGCACUGGGGCGCGGGGCGUCGGCGCAGUUCGCGCGCGUCGGCCGCAUGCGGCGCGCGCUGCUGCUGCUGGCCGCCGCCGCCUGCACGGCCGCCGCGCUGCUGUACUGGCGCCAGCAGAGCGACGACCGCCCGCACAGGCCGCUGCAGGCGCUUUAUGCGGGCAUCGAGCCACAAUGGACAUGGGUUUGCCGAAACUAUCGCUGCGAGCGGCUUCUCGCCUCGGAGUCAUCAACUCUGCAGUCGCUUCAGACGUGCAACAUGCUAUGCGACUCGACACAGCUGUGGCCGCAGCCCACGGGGCCCGUCAGCCUCGCCACCGCCGUCGUGCCGGUGCGGGCUGACGGCUUCAAGCUGCAGAUCGUCACGUCUCCUUCUCGUGAUGUGUCGGACCACCUCGCCGAAGCCUUCGAGCUUAUGAAGGAGGACAUGCGGGUGCUGGAGCGCAACAUGGGCGCGGACUCCCGCCCCAGUGACUACGGGUCCCCUCACGACGUGCACGUGCGCGUCGCCAUUAACGGCAGCGGAGACCCGCGCAUGCGUCUCGACACUGACGAAAGCUACAAGCUGGCCCUCAGACCCACCAGGAAGACGCUAGUAGCCGAUAUUACGGCCCACUCCUUCUGCGGCGCUAGGCACGGCUUCGAAACCCUGUCACAAAUAGUAUGGAUGGAUCCUUAUGCCAGUUCGUUGCUUAUUCUAGAAGCGGCUACAGUGGUGGAUGCGCCACGAUUUCCAUAUCGUGGCUUGCUGCUGGAUACAGCUCGGAACUUCUUUCCGUCAGAAGAAAUUCUACGAACAAUAGAUGCCAUGGCUGCAUCCAAAAUGAACACAUUUCACUGGCACGUAAGUGACUCGCAGUCGUUCCCACUGCGGCUGGACAGCGCGCCGCAGCUGGCGCAGCACGGCGCGUACGGGCCGGGCGCCGUGUACACGCCGGACGACGUGCGGGCCAUCGUGCGGCACGCCAAGCUGCGCGGCAUCCGCGUGCUCAUGGAGGUGGACGCGCCCGCUCACGUGGGCCGCGCCUGGGGCUGGGGGCCCGGCGCCGGCCUGGGCCAGCUCGCGCACUGCAUCGAGGCCGAGCCCUGGAGCGCCUACUGCGGGGAGCCGCCCUGCGGACAGCUUAACCCCAGAAACCCUCACGUUUACGACUUGCUGCAGCGAAUUUAUACUGAGAUCAUACAGUUGACGGAGGUCGACGACCUGUUUCACCUCGGCGGAGAUGAAGUGUCCGAGCGCUGCUGGGCUCAACACUUUAAUGAUUCAGAUCCCAUGGAAUUGUGGUUGGAAUUUACAAAGAAAGCCAUGCAAGCCCUGGAGCGUGCCAACCAUGGGAAAGCACCUGAACUAACGCUGUUAUGGUCGUCGCGCCUGACGCGCUCACCGUACUUAGAGCGGCUAGACUCUCGUCACCUAGGCGUGCAGGUGUGGGGCUCCUCGCGAUGGCCGGAGUCGCGUGCGGUCUUGGACGCUGGAUUCCGGACCGUGAUCUCGCACGUGGACGCCUGGUACCUGGACUGCGGCUUCGGCUCGUGGCGCGACAGCUCGGACGGCCACUGCGGGCCUUACCGCUCUUGGCAGCAGGUGUACGAGCACCGCCCGUGGACCGAGGAGAACGGCGGCGGCGGCGGCAUCGGCAACGCUGCGCCACUGGUGGGCGGGGGAGCGGGGGGCGCGGGCGGGCCCGGGGGCGCGGCGGCCUGGCGCGUGGAGGGCGGCGCGGCGUGCCAGUGGACGGAGCAGCUGGCGCCGGGCGGGCUGGACGCGCGCGUGUGGCCGCGCUCGGCGGCGCUGGCGGAGCGCCUGUGGUCGGACCGCGCGGAGGGCGCGGCGGCCGACGUGUACCUGCGCCUGGACACGCAGCGCGCGCGGCUGGUGGCGCGCGGCGUGCGGGCCGCGCCGCUGUGGCCGCGCUGGUGCUCGCACAACCCGCACGCCUGCCUCUAGCUGCCACACACACACUCACACUCACCACUUCCCUGAGCGAUCCGCGGGUGAUGACCGACUUGCGAGAUCCUGAACAUCCUUCUGUUGUACAUAUAGCAUUUAACCGUUUAGAGUAGAAUAGCAAGUAGGUAGUAAUUGUACAGCGCGUAUUGUUAUUAUUUGAUAUAGCUAGAUCGCGGAGGCACGCGCGUCGGACUGCGGACGGCAGCAGUGGGACGCGUGAGGACGGCGCCAUAGUGCGGACCGCGACAGUGUUACUGCCAUUGAGUCACAAGUAUUCCAUCAUUAAUAUUCGCAUGUUUAAAGUAGGUACAUAAUAAAUCGUGUUACAUAGCUAGGUUUUUAAAGUAUGUGAUAAGAGACACAAAUCAUAUUGCGUUGCCGCUGGUUGGGUGUACGCGCCCACGAGUGUUACUCCAGGUGGACUAUUGAGCAUCACUUACUAAGUCACAUUUUGUAAAGUAUUGAAACUCCUCUUUUAAUAUUAACAAAACUUAUCAAAGUUGCUUUGUUUCUGUAAUCGGACGUGUUAUUAAUGAAAAUAUAAAUUUUUGUCUUUUAAUUAAGGUCGAUAUUGAAGAUAACAACUGAUAUUAUUUAAUAGGUAUUAAUGGUUAUUAUUAUGGUUCAGGUGUGAAACGUUUGCUUGUUAUAAGAACCCGGGUAG